AUACGAUUCGAUCCAUCUGGAAUGCUCAACAACACACUCCUCAUACCCGCUUUUAUUGCGAUCAUCCUGGUACUGGGCAUCGCAGUGGCUCUGAGCUUCCUCAAAAAGAAACAGACCAAGAAUACAAUACUUUUACUUGGAACGAGCCAUGCCGGCAAAACAGCUUUGUAUACCUUGAUGCGCUUCAAUAAGCGGUCGCCGACGGUAACGUCCAUGAAGGAAAACCAAGGGUCCAUCACGUUGGAUAACAAGACAUUCGAUCUUGUGGAUAUGCCAGGCCAUGAACGCGUACGGUAUCAAUAUGCGGAUUUCCUUCCGGUGACACGUGCAGUCGUCUAUGUGGUGGAUAGUACCUCGGUGAGCCGAAACAUUCGCGCUGUCGGUGAAUAUUUAUACGACAUCUUGGCCAAGCCUGUCACUCAGCGCGAUCGUAUCCCGGUGUUGGUAGCAUGCAAUAAGAGUGACAUGAUUACCGCCCUUCCGGUAGAAAAAAUCAAGUCGAUCUUGGAAACCGAAUUUAACCGUUUGCGAGAAACACGCACGGCCGCUGUUGAACAGCAGGCUUCGGAUGCCGAUGAAUCGGAAGCGUUUCUUGGGUAUGAAGGUGAAUCUUUCAAGUUUGAUCACCUCGAAAAUAAUGUCCAAUUCGAAUCCUGUUCCGUGGAAAAGAAGGAGAUUGAGACAAUCAAUGAUUGGUUGAUGAAUGUGUAAAAUAAAAAAAGGAAACUGCUUGUAAUUACGGAUCGUAUUAAGGGGAAAAAAAUAGCCUGUUUAUAUAAUUUGUAUUCUGAUUAUAUUGUGAUAUCUGUCUGUGAAUCUUUUAUAUAUAUUUUAUAUUAUCUGCAUCUACCCUCAUGAGAAAAAGCCUUGGUGUAAGGAGUCAAUUUUUUUUUACCCGUUCACUUGACACGAGUGAUGUAACGACUGAAUACGGCAGCAAUCAGGGCCAUGAGACCACCAAACGCAAGCACCGACGCUACACUGGACGAUUCAUCGCGCUUGACCGCAUCAGCUGCUGCAAAGAUGAACGCAGCAAUGAUAGCCACUGCAAAUUGGGGGAACACAAUGUACAUAUUAUGGACGCCAAGAAUCAUGCCGGCAUCAAAUUCUUCUUGCUGAUCUUCC